UUAGUUUGGCUCUAGAAAAUCUUCAAAUACGAGUUUCAUCAUGCACUUUGUCGCCUGAUGCCGCGGUAAACAAGUCAGAUCGUAAACGCACCACAGCUUCGUUGCAUUUCUCCUUCUCCUCCGUCAUCUUCGUUCGAGGGAUCGUUUCUGUGUCCUGACGCUUUUGUCUUCUCGGGAUCCGAACUGGUUCACAUGUUCCCGGUUUCUUGCUACGUUUUUGUUAUUUUGUUGUUCAAACGAUUAUGUGCAAUUCGCUGGUUGUAAUUCUGCUCCUCCGUUUCGUAUUAAUAGAAUCGAUUUUUUGAGCGAAAUUUGUGAUUGUUAUUUCGUACAAAUUUCUGGAAUUGAGAAUACGAUGGUUGGGUUUGUAUCGAAAUGGUGGGUUCUGAGAUCGGUACUCGUGAUCGCGGUCAAUUUUGCUCUAACUUUCGCCCUUACCUCUGCGGAGAGGAACUUGGAAGGUACUGCUUCGAAGGUUGAUUCAGAAAUGCAGGAGGUUUUUCACAAUUACUUCCUCAGAGCAGUGGAUUUCCUAUGGAGAUCUGACGAAAGAGGUUAUCACCAUGUUUGGCCUCGAGAUGGAACUUAACUUGCAAAUCUGGUGGGUACUCUUAUUGGAUUCUUUGGGGCAGCAUUUGGUAGCGUAGGGGGCGUUUGUGGUGGUGGUGGUAUCUUUGUACCAAUGCUCAGCUUGAUCAUUGGGUUUGAUCCAAAGUCUGCCACUGCAAUUUCGAAAUGCAUGAUCAUGGGUGCUGCUGUGUCAACUGUAUAUUACAACAUUAGAUUGCGUCAUCCUACGCUCGAUAUGCCCAUCAUCGACUAUGAUCUCGCUUUGCUGAUCCAGCCAAUGUUGAUGCUUGGAAUCAGUAUUGGGGUUGCCUUCAAUGUGAUUUUUGCGGAUUGGAUGGUCACAGUUCUACUCAUCAUUCUCUUUUUAGGCACAUCAACAAAUGCAUUCUUGAAGGGCUGUGAGACAUGGAAAAAGGAAAUCAUAGAAAAGAAGGAAGCUGCUAAGCGUUUGGAGUCAAGUGGAGUCUCUGGUACUGAGGUGGAAUACAGGCCUCUUCCAGCCGCUCCUCCUGGAAAGGAAAGGAAGGAAUAGGUAUCUAUUCUUGAAAAUGUCUGCUGGAAGGAACUCGGGCUUCUAGUUUUUGUUUGGGUUGCAUCCCUAGCACUGCAGAUAGCUAAGUUUAUCUAUUACUCUGAUCCAUAUGUUUUAAUCGAUCAUGCUUGCUCAUGUUCAAUUUUUUCUAAUAGUUUUCGUGUUCCAUUUUGGAAAAUAGCAACACACAACUACUUGUUCAGCAGUAUAUUGGGUCGUCAAUUUGUUACAGGAGUGAAAUCUAUAAUGUUAUUCUGAUCUCUCUGCUGCGAGAUUCAUGGACUGUGUCGGGAUGUUUACAUUUUCAUGUUUUCAUAUAGAUUCCUGUAUCAGCACAUGAGGCUGUAGCACUAUACCAGGGUAGACGAGUAAUUGCAUCCAAGGGCUAAGCAGGCACAAACUUUACUGUGAUCCAGCUUCUUCUUUACUGUACAUUUGGCGUAUUGGCAGGCAUAGUCAGAGGCCUACUUGGUUUAGGAGGCGGUUUCAUCAUGGGUCCAUUAUUCCUGGAGGUCGGGGUUUCUCCUCAGGUUUCAAGUGCUACUGUCACUUUUGCCAUGACUUUCUCCUCGUCCAUGUCUCUCGUAGAAUACUAUCUUCUCAAGCGUUUCCCUGUCCCAUACGCAUUAAGCCCUCUUGAACAACUUAUCAUUUUAUCAAUGCAACGGCUCUCUACUUUGUGGGAGUGGCAACGAUUGCUGCAUUUGUUGGACAGCAUGUGGUGAGAAGGCUGAUUGCAGUGCUUGGGCGUGCAUCCCUCAUCAUUUUCAUUCUCGCCUCCAUGAUCUUUAUCAGCGCUGUCGCUAGGUGGGGUUGGCAUUUCUAACAUGAUCGGCAAAAUGCAGCGGAAUGAAUACAUGGGUUUUGAAAACCUUUGCAUGUACGAUACUUGACAACUUUUGAUGAUAACUCUUUCAAUGCCAAAUGGGCAAAAGAUAACUAUGCAAAAGAGGGGAAUGGUGGCUAAAGGGAUUGCAAAAGCAUAAAAUAAAAGGAAGGUCUUGUAUUUCUCGGAGAUUGAUCCAAGAAGGUCACUAAUGUCCUUUAAGCAUAUGGAUGUCAGGUCUAGUGCCACGUGAAGAUCUGCAAACAAACAAGGGAGGACCAAACCAUGGUGAGGUAUAACCACAGGUAAGGAAAUGAUGAGAGUUUGUUUCACUUUCAUAACCUGUAGGGGCAGAGGAGGUAGGCAGGAAGAGAUGGGCCCAGAAGUUAUAGACGAGAGAAGGCGAGAUCACGGGCUGUGAAUGGAUGCCGAGGGACCGAUGGAGGUGUCGGAUAAAGGGCCUGUCAUGUUCUACUUAGGGAGAAGAGAUGGAACUCGAGGUUGGUAUAUGUUACUCCUCAUCGACCAAAUAUGGGAUUGGUUGAUGAUGCCUCAUAAAGCUAUUCUUCUCUCAAUAAACUAGUUUUCGGAGUGAGUUCUACUAUUGGAAGAGUUCAUUUCACUAUUCUCCUCUUGAAAGAGAAAGAUGGGCGGCAUAGAGGUACGCUAUAUUUGUUAGAUACAUGAUUUCAGAUUUUCGGAAUGGAGCGAGAGAGAUUUACACGACUUUUAGGAGCUUCUUCCAUGCCCAAAUGGUCGUAAGGUCGAGUAAAAAUCUUCGUUUUCGAUCUCAAGUGCUUGCUGGAACAUGAUCUAAGAAGAUUAGGCAAAGACAGAGAGAUCCGACUCCAGUACAUAACAUCUAACUUGACAAGUUUACUCGAAUAGAAGCUUAACACUAAACUAUGCGCCACCAUUGUGUUUUUUUCGAGGAGAGAACCUCAAACUUCUCACUGAGAGAUUUGGUGAUAAAUCAAGAGUAUUACUAUGUAGGAAAAAAACUUGGAAACAUAGUCCAUGUAUUGAAGAAUAUUACUUGUUUCUAAUAUUUUCAUUUCGAUUUUU